UCUAUUGAAAUCAAAUCUCUUAUGAGUCGUGCACAGUUCUUUCUGGCUCGAUCUUGUGAAGAAAAUAUCAGACUAGCCAUAAAAACAUCUUUUUGGACUACUCAUCCACUGACCGAAAGACUUCUUACCGAAGCAUUUCGACGAGCUCCGAUCCUCAUUUUGAUUUUUCUCGCACAGAAUGCAGACCAUUUUGCUGGUUUUGCACAAAUGUGUUCGGAGGCGCAGUAUAACAUUCAACCAGAAAUAAGAUGGGUCAACUUCAGGGGCGGCGGCAACAUUAAACUGUUCUGGAUCUCAAAAUGUGCACUUGACAUUAGAGCUACAGAUCACAUAAAGAAUCCAUUUAACAAAGAGAAAGUAAUAUAUGCUGCCGCGGAUGGUUGUGAAAUACAGUGUGCAGCUGGUCAGCAGUUGUGUAGCUUAUUUCCGUAUGAUGCUCGAAUUGAUUUGAAUAUACUAAAGAUGAAAAUUCAACACAUUUCGCCGAGAGCAAAAAGCAGUUUGCCUUCUUUGUUGGAUACUAAAAUAUCGUAUAUAAAAUUUAGGAAUGCAAAAAGAAAUUUAGCCUUAAGGAAAACCUGGAAAAAUUUAUGUAGUGAAGAACGAUUACCUCUUAUUCUCAGUCCAAUUACUUCUUUGCAUAAUUGGCGCGACAGAAGAGACGAAAUUGUAAAAAGUAAUAAUUCCACUAGACUACUGCCGUUGAUGGACAUCAAAGUUUCACAUCGCCGAGCUCGUGGUAUGCAUUUGUCCUCGUUGUGGGGACGACACAGGUAUGAUCCUUUGAGGCAAUCACCUAAACAUUGCACUUCUUCCGGCGAUAUUCGUAUCGCCGUCAAUACUGAACGCAGUCCCUAUGAAAAUCUAAUGGAUGCUAAUAAUUUUGACGAUGAAAAUUCAUUUCACAUGGAUACCUACAACAAUGAAACAUGCAUGCUUUGCUCUUCUUCUACCAAGUAUCGUUAUCAAUGCGUGGUUUCGAAUCCUUUUUCAUGCUGUUUGGAUAUUGUUCUCCUUCGUCAUGCAGAGGUGAUGCAAAAUCAUGAUUGGUCGUGUCGUAAAUAA